AAUUAGGUCAUGUGGAUGCUCAUUUGAGUUGCCACAUAAUGAGUUGGAGGAAAAUUCAUCAACAUAUUAUGGUGUUAGAACUUAGAACUAUACUGCAUGUGCUCAAUGAGAACGGUAAUACAGAAGAGAAAACCUAGACAAACUCUUUUUCCAUUUUCAGGCCUAUACGUAUCAGGUGCAGCUAUUGCUGGAAUUCUUUUCGGUGUCUGGGUCUUUUCCAUCAUUCAACGGAGGAAAAGACGUGCUCAAGAAUCUAAAAGCAAAGACCUGCCUACACCUCCCUCAAGCACAGUACCUGCUUCUUCAAUUAAUUUCUCUCGAAGCAUCCCAUCUUAUCCCUACUCAAAGUCGGAUCUUGAAAAGGGAAGCACCUACUUUGGAGCACAGAUCUUCAGCUAUGAUGAACUGGAAGAAGCCACUAACAAUUUUGACACUUCUAGAGAACUUGGAGAUGGGGGCUUCGGCACUGUUUACUAUGGCAAGCUCCAUGAUGGGCGCAUAGUUGCAGUGAAGCGCCUAUAUGAAAAUAAUUUGAAACGUGUUGAGCAGUUCAUGAAUGAAGUUGAGAUCCUAACUAAGAUAAGGCACAAAAACCUUGUGACACUGUAUGGAUGCACCUCAAAACGUAGCCGAGAACUUAUCCUGGUUUACGAAUACAUUCCCAAUGGAACUGUGGCUGAUCAUCUUCAUGGAAAUCGUUCGAAAUCCGGUUUGCUGACUUGGCCAGUUCGGUUGAGCAUUGCCAUAGAGUCAGCUGAGGCACUGGCAUUCCUCCAUCUAUCAGAUGUUAUACACCGUGAUGUCAAAACCAACAACAUUCUCCUUGACGAGAAAUUCCAAGUGAAAGUGGCUGAUUUCGGUUUGUCACGGUUGUUCCCAACAGAUGUCACACACGUAUCAACUGCUCCACAGGGGACACCUGGGUAUGUCGAUCCUGAGUAUUACCAGUGCUACCAACUCACUGACAAAAGUGAUGUUUAUAGCUUUGGAGUGGUAUUAAUUGAACUUAUAUCAUCAUUACCAGCUGUGGACACCAAUAGGCACCGGCACGAUAUAAAUUUGGCUAAUAUGGCUGUCAACAAGAUUCAAAAUCAUGCGUUACAUGAGUUGGUUGAUCCGCUUAUUGGAUUUGAAAAGGAUUACACUGUAAAGAAGAUGACAACGUCAGUGGCAGAAUUGGCUUUUCGGUGCUUGCAACAGGAGAGGGAUAUGAGGCCUAGCAUGGAUGAAGUACUGGAGAUAUUGAGAGGAAUCCAAAAUGAAGAGAUAGGUGCUCAGAAAGCUGAAGUGGUGGAUAUUAGGGCAGCAGAUGAUGUUGGGCUUUUGAAGAAUAUUCCUCCCCCGCUUUCUCCAGAUUCAGUUGUGAAUGAUAAAUGGCAGAUGCAAGAUUUCAGGAGAACUGCUUGACCCAAGUUGUGCAAGCAUGGACAUUCAUUCAGUGCUCUGGCAAGUGGGUUCAGGUUUAUAGCUUCAGUGAUGUGCAUUUGUUUGAAUAUGUAAAACCUUGGUCCAUUUCAAUCAUGUACUAAGUCUACUACCUUUCUCCAGAAAUUGCAUCAUAAAAAAUCCUUGGCAAUUCCCAUUGAAGGAUGUUCUA